UACUGUAAAAGAAAAGUAAAAAACUGAUUAUCUAAGAAACCUCUCUGCUUCUCUUGCUACAGCUUUGUUUCUGUUGUUUUGUCAAACAAAAAAGGAGAAUCAUAUCUUCGCCAAACAUUUCAUUGUUCCCAUCUGAUUUUCCCUGUCCCUGUAAAUAGCAAGAAGACAAUAGCAACAUCCAUGGCUGCCAACAAGUUUGCAACGUUUUUGCAUAAAAACACCAGCAAAAUCACUGUCAUCCUAGUCUAUGCACUACUUGAAUGGACCCUUAUCAUUCUCCUUCUACUCAACUCCUUGUUCACUUACUUGAUCACAAAGUUUGCCAACUAUUUUGGCCUUAAACCACCUUGUCCCUGGUGCACUAGAGUUGAUCAUGUCUUAGAGCCUGGCAACGACGCAAACUCUUAUAGGGAUCUUGUUUGUGGCAAACAUGCCACUGAGAUUUCCAAAUUGAGUUACUGCCUACGUCAUGGAAAACUAGCAGAAUCACACCUUAUGUGCGAGGAAUGCUUGGCUGCUCGGCCAACUCCUAGUGAUAAUAAAUCAAUUGGAAUGACGAGGAUUGCUUUCAUUUCAUGGGUCAGUACUGAUCACAAACUUGAUAAUGGUGAAAUUGUUCUUUCUUGUUCUUGCUGCAAGGGGAGCUUUGGCAGCAAACUUCAUCUUCCUUAUUUCUUGCUCAAGCCUACUUGGGGUGCUUUGGAUUAUGCACAGAAAGGAAGUUUGAUCAUAGAAGCAAUAGAAGCUGAUGACAGUGAAAGUGACCAGUACAAAGAGCCAAGCAAACCUGAUAGCCCAGAAAAUCACGAAGGUGAGGAUAUGAUUGAGAUCAAACUGAACACCGAGGAAGAUUACAACGAAAACAGUGAAGAAGCUACAGUUGAACAUCAGAUGCUUUCUGAUGUUGAAAGUUUUGGGUUCGGAGAAGCACCUGAAGAGGAGUGUUCAGGGUCUGAAUUAAAGUUGCAGCAUUUCAGUGCUCCAAGUGAAAUUCAUAAAUCUUCACAUGGCAAUAUUGUUGAACCUUAUUUUGCAGAAGAUGAUCUGCUAGAGUUCAUCAAUCUGCAUCCUCAGAAAUGUGUUUCUGACCGCUUAUUUUCUGUUGAGUUAAUUGAUUUAUCAACAUCUGCAAACCACUCUUCGGAAAAGCAAGAUCUGGGGAAGGAAAUUAAUGAAAAUGAAACUGGCGAUUCUCCGAUUGACCAGACAGCAUUACAUGCUAUUAAUGAGGGUGCAGAGGAUACCUGUCCAAGAAAAGUUGAAAGCCCCGAGCUUGGUGAUGGUGACAUUGAGAAUCCAUCCAUUAUAGAUGUUGAUAAAGGAAAAGAAGAUUUGGUUGAUGAGGCAUUUAAACAGGUUGUUACCCUGCAUGGAGCUAUUGAUGGCAACAAGACAGACGCAUCAUCCAGCAAAGAGCCGGAUAAUCCUCCAGCUCAGCACCAAGAGAAGACUGAUCUUAAUCUGUUGGUUGAGCAACCAAAACCUGAGACAUUGUUAAGCACUCAAGAGUCUGAUCUGCCUCAAAUUGAAGAAUCAGUUCCUUCUUUGCAAUGCUUUCAGGAAGAUAGUUCUUCCACGAAUAACAAUGAAGCUAAAGAGGUUAAUGCUCCUGAAUCAGACAGCACUAAUAAUGUUGGUGCAAAUCAGGAGGAGAAGAGCACAAUGGAGAAUACAAUGAUUUCAAGUGACGAGAACCAAGAAGGGAUAAACACUGCUUUAUCCAUGCAUUUGGAUCCUAAUGAAGCAGAGGAGGAAAAAUUUCCUGACACUCCAACUUCACUUGAAGGUAUGCAUUACUUGCAUAAGAAAUUGCUACUCUUUGAAAAAAGGGAAUCGGUUCACGAGGAGUCUUUAGAUGGGAGUGUAGUAAGUGAGAUAGAAAGUGGUGAUCCAAUUCAAACCAUUGAGAGGCUGAAAACAUCCCUAAAAGCUGAAAGAAAGGCAUUAAGUGCUUUAUAUGCAGAACUUGAGGAAGAGAGGAGUGCCUCUGCAAUUGCUGCUAAUCAAACAAUGGCUAUGAUAACCCGGCUUCAAGAAGAGAAGGCAGCAAUGCAGAUGGAAGCAUUGCAAUACCAGAGGAUGAUGGAAGAACAAUCUGAAUAUGACCAGGAAGCCCUGCAACUUUUAAAUGAGCUUAUGAUCAAAAGAGAGAAGGAGAAGGAAGAACUGGAGAAAGGGUUAGAAGUUUAUCGCAAGAAGGUUUUGGACUAUGAGGCUAAAGAAAAGAUGAGAAUAAUGAGGAGAAGCAAAGAUGGAAGUGUGCAAAGUAGGAAAUCUUCUGCUGCUUGCAGCUAUGUGGAGGAUAGUGACGAUCUAUCAAUUGACCUUAAUCGUGAAGCAAAGGAUGAAGAUAGCAGCUUCUGUGGUCAUCAAGAAAGCAGUGGUGAGAAUACUCCUGCUGAUGCAGCUCUUAAUUUGGAGGAAAUGGCACUAGAUUGUAUAAACCAUAUGAGUGCCCUUGAUGAAUCAUUGACAGAAUUUGAGGAAGAGAGACUGUCCAUCCUAGAUCAGCUUAAGGCAUUGGAAGAUAAGUUACUGACUAUGGGGGAUGAUCAAUUCAUGGAAGACUUGAAAUCAAUUCAGCAUUCCCUUAAUGGGUUCGAUGAGAAAAAUAUUCUGAGCAGUAAAGAAGGCAAUGGGGUUUCAAGUGGAUUUUCAAAAGAUACAAGUUAUCCAGAGGGCCAAACAAUUGCUUCCAUGGCAAAGAGUCUCCUUCCUUUCCUGGAUGCAACAGAUAAUGAAACAGAAGAAGUAUUGAUGUGCCAAAAACAAGGAGAAUGUGAACCAGUUGAAAUGCAGAAGUAUCCAGGUUCAAAUUUUGGCUUGGAUAGUAAGAAAUUUGAAAUUGUAGAAGAGGUGGAUCACGUUUAUGAGAGGCUACAAGCUCUUGAAGAAGACAAGGAGUUUCUAAAGAAUAGCAUGGGCUCCAUAAGGAAAGGAGACAAAGGGAUGGAUCUUUUCCAAGAAAUCUUACAACAUCUCCGAGAUCUGAGGGCUCUGGAACUCCGAACAAGAAAUAUGAGCGAUGACCCACAACGGUGAUUUUAGGCUUGCCAUAUACAUAUGGAAUCACCUGAAUGCAUUUCCAAGAGUCGGCAGGAGUACUCUGCAGAUUCAAGUGGUCGAACACCCCAUUUCGCGUUGAGCUUAUCGGACUAGAAGCUCCUGGACUCCAAUUUUUUCCCUGCAAAGAUGGGAAUAUCUCCACAUGGAUGGGGAGAUUCCUUAUCUGGCUUUCUUGAAUUGGUGAGUGGCAGGCAGACUUAAAAACUUAAGUCUACCCCUCACUGCUUGAGUUUUCUUUUGGGCUUACAAGAAUGAUGAAAAGCCCCAAAUUUUGCAGGAUCUCCUCCUCAACUGCCUUAUUACAAGGAAAGGUGGAAGAGGAAGGAGAGCGUACUGUCUACCUGGUUUGGUCAUGUAGGGUAAGUCAGUUGAGAACCUAGUAACUUGUUUUCCUUUUUCUUUUCAUCCGUAAUAUCUUAGUUUUCUCCUUUACUCUUUCCUCCAUAAGGUUUGGAGGAAGGAAUUGAAAGGAUAGAGAAGGAGGCUUUAUCCUUCUUUUUUUUUUUCUUUUCUCCUACUGUUUGCAUCAAGUAAUGUUAUAUAUAUUAUGAGUUUUUGGAAUACAAACUUGAUCCAUGGGCUGUUAACUUG